UUUCAACCUUCAGAGUUCAGUUGUCCUUUUUCCUAAAGAGUAUUCCGCACUAAACUUCUCCGUUCCACCGAUAUGUUUGGGUUUUGCGGGUGAAUUUACAGUUUCCUCCUGUUUAUUAACAUCUAAACAUGCAACCUCCCCCAAGAAAGGUUAAAGUCACACAAGAGGUGAAACACACUCAUACAGAGCAGCUGAACCGACUACAGCUCAAACACCAGACAGACUGGGACUUUCUGGAAGAUCUGAGGGCAUACAGCCAGAAGAAAUCACUAAUAGAGAAAGAUUACUCACAGGCUCUGCAUAAGCUUGCCUCUCAGUAUUUGAAGCGGGAGUGGUCAGGGGCCCCUUCAGAAGAUCUGCGAGACUCCAGAAAGGUUUGGGGCAUAUGGAGGUCCUACUUGAAGGGUGUGAUGAAAGUGAGCCAGUCUCGUGUCAAUGGAUGUGAGCACUACAGAAGCCAGAUCUCAGAACCCAUUAAGACUCUCAGAGUGCAGAAAGACCUGCAGCUGAAGAGGUGCUGUGAACAGCUGGCGAGAGCUCAAGCCGAUCUGCAGGUCACAAUCAGAGACCUGACGAAGACCAGAAAGACCUACCUGGAGGCGGAACAGACAGCACAGACUGUGAAAGAGAAAGCUGAUAUGGAUGCCAAGUCAAAACUCAGCCUGUUUCAGUCUCGCUCCAGUUUAAAGCGAGCAAGUGUGAAGCUAAAAGCCAAGAAGAAUGAAUGGAAGUCCAAAGCCACUCAAGCAAGGAAUGAUUAUCUGCUCACACUGGCAGCAGCUAAUGCUCAUCUGGACCGUUACUAUGAGACAGAUCUGAUCAACUCCAUCAAGGUUCUAGACGGCAGUUUCUACGAUCAUGUACAGAGUUUUCUGAUCUCACUGUGUCAGACGGAGCUCGAGACGUCACAAAGCAUUCAGGACACUUUCCAGUGCUUGCUGGAGACGUCCAGUGGGGUGACACAGGAUAUUUACCAGCAGAUUUUCAUUCUGGAGAACCCGGUGUUUCAGAAAGCCACUCCCUUCCAGUACCAGCCCUGUGAACAUGAUUCAGUCAAUGAGCUACUGAAAGACAGUGGCACAGCUGAAGAACACAGUCUGAAUAAGGAAGCACGGAAAUGGGCCACACGCGUGGCCAAAGAGCACAAGAACAUUAUCCUCACACAAAGGAUGCUGUCGGAGUAUGAAGAGUCACAUCAACGAGACCAGAACAACAACGAGCUGGAACUGAAAAUGGACGAUGCGAGAGAAUGCAUUCGUAAAUCAGAGACACUAAAAGUGAUGGCAGAUGCUCGUCUGAACCUGCUCAGAGAUGUUGGUGUGGCUGUAGAGGUCUGGCUGGAAAGCGCAAUGAACCAAGUGAUGGAGGAACUAGAGAACGAGAGAUGGGCCACCCUUAACAAUACACAUGAUGCUUCCUUCUCUCAUGCUGUAGAUUUUGACCGAGAUGAGGAUGAGGACACGGAGACACUAGAUGAUAGCAGUUCCAGCCCCUCCAGCACUCACAGGAACUACCCCGUCACCUGCUCUGUGCUCUACACUUAUCAGGCAUCCCAGCCUGAUGAGCUCACAAUCCAGGAACAGGAGAUACUGGAGCUUAUUGAUGAUGGGGACAUGGAGGACUGGGUUAAGGCUAGGAAUAGAGCAGGGCAGGUGGGAUAUGUGCCGGAGAAAUACCUGCAGCUCCCAACAUCCAGCUCCCUACUGAGCAUGCUCCAGUCUCUCUCCAGCCCGGACGCCCAGUCACACACCUCCAGCACCUCUGUAGAACAUGAGCCAGAAAUUGAGACACUAACCACCCAGAGCAGCCCGAACUGUCAUGCCAUUACUAUAAACUUAGCCAGGGCUCUUUAUGGCUAUGAGGCUCAGACAGAGGACGAGUUAUCCUUCCCAGAGGGAGCUGUGAUUCGAAUCCUCAGCAAACACAACCAGGAAGAUGAUGGCUUCUGGGAGGGCGAGUUCAAUGGUGCAGUGGGCGUUUUUCCUGCAGUGUUAGUGGAGGAUCUGUAUGGACCAGAGGGACCACAAGCACCACAAGCACAUAUGAGCAUGAACGUGCAGGUGUCUCCAUCAGUUCAGGAUUAUCCACCCUGUCCUGUGAACCAGUUUAAAUUCUGUAGCAGCCUGGUGACCCACUCACUGACCCCCCUAACCAGAAAACACACUUUAAAUGGCUACCAAACCCCAGAACCUCCCAAUGUCUCAAACCACAGCCAAGCACACACCCCAUCAUCCAGAUCCCCAGCAGGCACCAUAAGACCUAUACGAGCUGCCCCUCCUCCACCAAAACAGCAGGCACAAGGUCAAGUGCAGAAGAGAGAAGAGGUGGAAAUUACACUGGUGUGAGCACCACCCUAGAGGCAGAUUUUGUUGGAUUGACGCAGCCAGACAUGGAUCCAUACACUAGAUCCUGUUAAAACACAGAUCAUAUCUGCAAAAUAGACUUGGUGCAUGUUGGACUUUGUGGAAUAAAUAUGGUUUCGUACCUUCUGCUCAGUUUUUUAGGGCAAUUCAAAAAAAAUGGAACAAAUUAAUUACUGUUCACUAUCUGUGGAAUGCGUGUACAAAACCUGCCUCACAAAGAGCAGAAUAAGACUUGAAAGGGAAAAGUGGCAAUUUCAGUAUGAUUUUUAGACUUGUGAAUUUGUAUAUAUGAUUAUAUAUACUUAUCAUAAAUGCUCUAAUUUUAAGAAUUAAUUGUAGGGCCAACAAGUUUAGAUGCAUAUUACAGUUUUAGCUUACCUGUAACUUUCUCUAUGGUCUGGAUUUUAGUUGCCGAGUCAGUCUAAUAUGUCAGAUGUUGACCAAGACAUUAUUUGAAUGAAUAUUCAAAUGUUUUUAGCCAUUUUAAAUGUCAGGAGACUACACUCAACUUUAGAUUUAGUUUUUGUUAACAGUAUUUUGUUCUAGGUAAAUGUACUCGUUUUCUUUUUGUGGUAUCUGCUGUAAUGUAAUCUUAAAUGUCACAUGUGUAAUUUCUUUAAAGUUGAAAUACAUUCUCCUGUCCC